UCUCACCUCGACAUCUAGUUCCGUCUGAAGCAAUAAAAGAAAUGAACGAAUUUAAAUUUUCAGUUAUUUAUGGUCAUCUCACGCUGCUAAAAAUGUAAUCACAAACUGCUGAUUAUAUACCCGAUUCCUUGUAGAAUAAAUUAGGUUGUUGGGUUAAGUAUAUAAAGAGAUAUUCGCGAUAAAAUUCUGCCCAUUCUUGUACAGGGUAAAUUUUGAAAAGGCACCCCAUAGUAAAGUAAGUCGUAUUCUCAGUUCGUGCUCGCAUCUCAGCCAACGCAGUCGAAAAUCGUUUGCGGUCGAAGCAAAAGAAACAAAGACAAUACAGUGCAGUGAACAAUAGAGUGUACGGAAUGGUCAAAUACGAUUUAACAAAGCCUGAAACUUGGCCAACAAGGCCAAAUUCAAUUUGUAUAGAUUUCAAGCGUUGCAAAGUUAGACCAGCAGCAAAUGAAAUUGAAAUCUUACUUAAAGAACGAAUGCAUCUAGACGCUAAUAAUGUAACUGAGAUUCAAUUCAACAAGGCGUCUAACUGUGUGUACAUUAUGUUUAAACGUGAAAGCGAUGCAAUUGCAUUCGCUUCGGUUAACAACGAGGUGCACAGCGUUGAGUGUGACAACAUUAAAUACAAAAUUCCUGUGCACAUGGUGGACAAUGCCAUACAAGUACGCGUGCAUGACCUUCCCCCGCAGUGCACCGAAGAGUAUGUUCGGGAAGGUAUGUCGCAGUACGGUGAAGUUCUUUCCAUCGAAAGGGAAGUAUGGCGGAAUUUUUUUCCGGGUAUCCGGAAUGGCGUGCGAGUGGUACGUAUGCAACUACGUAAAGCAAUUCCAUCUUACAUCAUUUUUAAUCAAGACGGGAAACAUCCGUGUAAAUCGCUGAUUACGUAUGAAAAUCAACUGGUUACAUGUCAGUUUUGUGAACAACCUGCACACUACGGCAAACCUUGCACUGAAACUACGAAAACAAACAAAACAAACAAAAACAAGGACAACCGCUCAACAACGGAAACUAGUGAGUGCAGUGCUCCUGUUUCAAAAUCAACUUCACCAUCUAACCAAACAGCAACUGCAACCAAUGUACAACAAGGCGCUUCUACAGUAACUAGCAACGAGAUCAAGACUGCGAAUAACAAGGAAAACGAAAAGAAGACGGAAAUCAACAAUGCCACCGAUGCGUCAAUGGACGACGAGACGAGCCACGAACAAAGUGCCCCUCAAUCCUCGCAGGAGGGAAAUGGAAGCUCCUCUUCCCCUAGAAAAAGGGUGACAACGAGAUCGAAUACAAAGAAUUUUUUAUUUAAAAAAUCGGCUCAAUCGGCCACGUAAAGCUUGUACGCAAAUAGGCCUGAAUAAAGAUGUCUUUUAAAUAAAAAAAAAAAAACUUGACCAAAUUGGUACCGCAUAAAGCAUGGCUGGUCUGAAAAUUUGUUUAUAAAUUAACAAUUUGUUUUUUAGACAGAGCUUAGAAUUUCUGUUUAUAAGAGGA